AUGUCGGACGUCGUUGGGUCCGAGCUGGCCCGGCACUACGCCAAUCUGGCCGACGUGGCCGCCAGUCCGGCCAACAAGUACGGCCUCGCCCACGGCUACGCCAUCAUGCCCGACCCCAAUGACCCGUACGGGUGGCAGGUCUUUGAGGAAGAGAGGGCGCGGCAAAAGUGUCUUGCCGGCCUGGCCCAGCACCCGUCGCUGUGCACCUCCACAACGGCCGCGACGACAACUUCGACGUGCGGGGACAGCGACGGUGACGACGAGGAUGACAGCGAGAGCAGCGACGACGACGACGACGAUGACGACGACGACGACGACAAUGACAGUCACGAGUGCAUCUGUAAAUGCGAAACAAAGACGAAGGAAAAGUGCAGCGGCGCAUGGUGCAAGCGCCAGUCGCUGAGCUUUCAGCGGUCGAAGCCGCACUGGUGCGACGGCAAGAAAUGGGGCGGCAAGAUCUGGGGGCUGAGCCGUACGCCGGGAGAUAGACGUGUGUCCAACUGGCUCCUGUACUUUGAUCCCAAGGUCAGCAAGUCCGAGAUCCAGGCCAUCUGCCGGCGACGCUGUCCACCGGAGCCGCGCCGCCGCUCCCACAAGACCCGUCAGCGCCGAGGUCAUCAUCGUCGACGACGUGGCCAAUGUCGUCAUGGUCGCAGUCACUGCCCUGUGAAGACACAGAUUGUCGCCUGCGGUGCCUGUCAGGGCAUCGGCUGCGUGUACUGCCAGAACGGUGGAGUGCUCGUGCCCUUCGACUAUGACUGCACAGGCGAUGUAGGGUACGGAGCAGGGUACGGGACAGGGUACGGGACAGGGUACGGGACAGGGUACGGGACGGGCUACAGUGGCGACUACACUGGCUCCGGGGGCUAUGGCUAUUAUGGGGCUGGUGGUCUUCCUGGUAUGCCGCCGCAUCGUGGCUACGCAGGUCACCCUGCCGGCAAUUUGGAGCACUGGCGUGUGCACUCGGACAAGGACAGUAAGAAAAAGGAAAAGGAAAAAGACAAGGACAAAGACGGAAGCAAAAAGGGAAGCAAAAAGGGAAGCAAAAAGGGAAGCAAAGCUGGGAGCAAAGAUGGCAGCGAUGCAAAGGGAAAUACCAUGGCCGAGCUCGCUGGCCGAAUGCAGACCAUGAAGCGCAACGAAAAAGGAUUUUGGGGCGGAGACUGGGAGAAGGCAGCCGACGGCAUGUUGGGCAUCACCGAGAGGGACCUGCGGGUGUUGGAGAAGGGCUACCAGCCCAAGGACAAGGACGGAAAAGGUGCCGGAGACGACGCAGCCAAGUGGCUGUGGGGACGGUUUGGCAAUGUGGGAGGGCUGGGAGGAGUAGGAGGAGGAGGGGUCGGUGGCGCCAAAGGCGGUGGUGUGUUUUACGGCCGCGGGUACAGAGGCGGUGGCAGCAUGUAUACUGGAGGCGGCGGCGGCGGAGGCGGAGGUGGAGGUGGAGAAGGCGGGACUCUCGGACAAGGCGGUGUCGACGGUAGUGGCAGGCCAAGAGGUGGUGGUGGCGGUGCCGAAGGAGGCAGCCGCAAGGCCAGGAGCGUCAACGGAAGCGGAACUGGCCGUGCUGAUGAAGAAAGUACCUCGGCAACUGGAAAGAGAGACAGCGGAGGCGAAGGGCCUAGCAACGUGUCUGCAAGAGACACUCGCAGUACCAGCCGCCAAGAUAGCCAGGGAAGCAGACAGAGCAAGGGAAAAGAAAAGGAGACGGCUGGCAUUGGCGACGGGGAUCUGGACGCUGCUGUGGCAAGCGCCACAUUCCACCCCUCCCAGGCCAAGGGCGCAACCGCCAACGACGAAGAACGCCAGUCUCGCUUCGAACGUCUGCGCCAGCGCCUCGACGAUGCCGGCCGGCUCCGCACGGGGUCGUGGGAGCGUGUCUCGCCGGCCGUGCAGCGCGAGCGCGAGUGGCAGCGGCAGCAGGCGAUGAAGGAGGAGUGGCAGAAGAUACAGGCCGAAGAGCGUCGUUCCAGCCGCAGUGGUGGUGAGGGAGCCAACGGUAGCAGUACCAGCAGCGGCAACAGCGGCGGCAACAGCGGCGGCAACAGCCCCUUGCUGUGCGUCGAAGAAGACGAGCACGAGCGGACCAUCCUGAACCAGCUGCUUAUGUCGGACGAGGGCAGCUCACGCCGCAACCACAGCCCCCCGUCGCCGGCCGAGUUCGUGACGCGCGUUGACGGUGCACAGUACCCAUUGCAUCCGGAGCACCUGGCAACGCUUGCUCGGCGUCGAGGCGUCUCGGACACUGUGUCGUAUGUCAGCCUCGCCAGCACUGCCUCGGCGCCAGCACCAACGCGCUCACCUCCGGCUCAGAGCAUGUACGGCGCACACUCAACCAGCGGCGACACGGGCUAUGAGACGGGCCACGACACAGGCGAAACCGGCCCGACCGGCGACGCGAAUGCAAGCGUCUUUGCCGGCCGAUUCAGCGAUCCAGGAUAUGGCUCUCUGUAUGACAUUCCAGGAUAUGCCGACUAUGCUGGAUUCCCCAACUCUUCUGGCUAUGCGGGAUGGGAUCCCGAGUGCGCCGACAACGCCGCCUGGGGUGGAGUGUCGUCGUCGUCGUCGACGUUGCAGCCGUCGAGUGAGCGGACGAGCAGCAAGAAGAGCAUGUCCGACGGGAAGAGAGAGGUGAAGAGAGGAGGAAAAGAAAAGGGGAAAACUGAAAAGGGGUCGAAAGGGGGUGAGGCUAAAGACGAUGCUAAAAAGGGAAGGAAGAAGGUCAAGGGAAAGGGGAAGGAGAACAGUAGGAAGGAGCCGACCAGCGCGAAGGACAGGAAAAGGAAGGAGAAAGAAAAGAAAGACAAGAAGAAGAAGAACGGCGGAAAGAGCGAGUCGCCGUCAUCGUGGACGACAUGUUCAUCGUCACGUGGUUCGCAUUCCCAUUAG